AUGAGCGACAGGAAACGAGCCUUUGAAGGCAACGGCGAUAGUAAUGUAUCCAAGAGGCUGAAAAGCGAUGCCACCCCCAAUGGAAGCUCUUCUACUCCAGCGCUAUCAGCGGAGGUCCUCAUAGCACAGAAGAAGGCGGAAAUUGCUGCCAAGAUCGCUGCGAUGAAGAAGGGCGCCAGCGCCGCGUCCGCUGCAGCCGCUUCCACCCCGAGUCCAGCACCGCCAGCUGCGGGGACGCCACCGUCAGUGUCGGACGACCUCGCUCGCCGUGUUGCUGAAGCGAAGCGCCGCGUCGCAGAGGCGCAGAGCAAAUUGGCGGUCAAGGACAACCCGUACAUGUCGAUGCCACAAACGGGCAAGAAGAAUCGACCGCCGGAACCUGCGCAGCAAGGUGCUGGGCUCAAGAUGGCGGCGCACCCUCUUCUCCUGGAUAACACGCCGACGGCUCCGCAGUCCAAGAAGGACCGCUACAAGCCCAUGCAGCCGAAGUUUGCGUCAAUCAAGGCGAAUGUUCGCAACGUUCCCACACCGCCACCUGCUCCUACGCCCGUUAUACCGAUUGAGUCCAAGGCAAACCCGUAUGCCUCCGCGGCGUCCGCUGCUCAGGACAGCGGUUUUGAAGGUGCUCCCAAGGAGCGAGUGGGCAGGAACUUUAGGUUUAACCCGAAGGGCAAGUACGUCCAGAUUGCCAACCAGGUCAGACAGGAGGCCCAACUUGAACAGCUCAAGCAGCGUAUCGCGGAGAGUGCUCGUAAGGCUGGCUUGGAUACUGAGUUUGAGACUCUUGAGAAGAAUAUCCGACGCGAGCCGCCGCCCGCAGCCGAAUGGUGGGAUGCAGCACUGCUCCCAAACAAGACAUACGAGGAUCUGGAGCUCGGAAUGUCAGCGCUCAACAUCCGGAAUGCUAAUUCGCCCAUCACUAUUUACGUUCAGCACCCAAUUCCAAUUCCCGCUCCAGGUGAUAAGAACAAGUUGACCAUGAAGCCUCUGAAGUUGACUAAGAAGGAGCAAAAGAAGAUGAGGAAGCAACGGCGUCAGGCGGAACUGCAAGACAAACGUGAUCGUAUCCGGAUGGGUCUUAUUCCACCAGAUGCACCAAAGGUGCGCCUCGCAAACCUGAUGAAGGUUUUGACAUCGGAUGCAGUGCAAGACCCUACUCGUGUAGAGGCGCGGGUGCGAAGAGAAGUCGCAAUGCGCAGGCACCAACAUGAGAAGAUGAAUGCUGAGCGCAAACUGACCGACGACCAACGAAAGGAAAAGGUCGAAACAAAGAAGGCUGAAGAAGAGAAGAAGGGUAUCUACGGGGCUGUCUUCAAAGUCAAGACCCUCUCCGAUCCCGCGCAUCGUUUCAAGGUGCGGAAGAAUGCGGAGCAGAUGAGUCUCACUGGCGUCUGCAUAUUCAACCCGGCGUUCAGUAUGGUUUACGUCGAGGGUGCAACGAAGUUCCUGCGGCAGUAUAAGCGCCUUAUGCUGCAUCGUAUCGCGUGGACGGAAGCUGCACGCGAACGCGGCGGAGAGGACGUCGAGAUCGAUGAAGGCGAGGAGGGCGAGGGCAGUACGAGCCAAAGCCGAGCCAAGGUCGCUGUUAAUGGGGAUAACGGCGAGGAAGGCGCUGUCUCGCUGGAGGAUAAUCAGUGCUGGCUGAUCUGGGAGGGGCAGCUAAGGGAUCGGGCGUUCAGCAACUUCAAGCCCAAGAGCUGCCCGACUGAUGGGGCGGCGAAGGAGGUGCUGGGCCAGAAACUGGCUGGCUACUGGGAUCAGGCCAAGAACUGGAAGCCGGAGGAAGAGGAGUUGUUCUGA